CCAUUUUUGGUCCGAAAACAGUAAGAAUGACGGACGUAACAGAUGAUAUACAAGAAGAAAUAUCUUUCCAGGGAUUUGAAGAUGAUUGUAGGCUUCUUCAAAGCCUACUCAACGAUGUUCUUAAUAGAGAAGUUGGCCCUCAAUUCAUGGAAAAAGUUGAACGCACUCGUGUCCUUGCUCAGGGUGCGUGUAACAUGAGAAUGGCGGGAAUUGAGGACACAGCCGAGCUUCUUGAGAAACAACUGGCAUCAGAGUUGUCAAAAAUGACGCUAGAGGAAGCUCUUGCUCUUGCCCGUACAUUUAGCCAUUAUCUUAAUUUGAUGGGAAUUGCAGAAACACAUCAUAGAGUACGCAAGGCGCGAGGAGUAGCACAAAUGUCAAAAUCUUGUGAUGACAUUUUCAACCACCUCUUGCAGAGUGGUAUUCCUCCAGAUCAGCUUUAUGACACGGUUUGCAAGCAGGCGGUUGAGAUUGUUCUCACUGCACAUCCCACACAAAUAAACCGUCGUACCUUACAAUACAAACACAUCAGGAUUGCACACCUUUUGGAAUAUAAUGACAGGCCUGAUCUUGGGACUGAAGACAGAGAGAUGCUAAUUGAAGAUCUGGUCAGAGAGAUGACAUCUAUAUGGCAAACAGAUGAGCUCCGACGGCACAAACCUACUCCAGUCGAUGAAGCUAGGGCUGGUUUACAUAUUGUGGAACAGACGCUGUGGAAAGCUGUACCCCAUUAUUUACGUCGAGUCAGCAAUGCUUUGAAAAAGCAUACUGGAAGGCCUCUACCAUUGACUUGCACGCCGAUAAGAUUUGGAUCUUGGAUGGGGGGCGAUCGAGACGGAAAUCCAAAUGUCACAGCAAAGGUCACAAAAGAUGUCUCUCUUCUGUCCAGGUGGAUGGCUAUUGAUCUUUAUGUAAGAGAAAUAGAUAGCCUCAGAUUUGAACUUUCCAUGAAUCAAUGCAGUGAAAGAUUUGCAAGACUGGCACAUGAUAUCUUAGAAAAAGGAAAUACUUCUGAAGAUCACCUUGAUUCGUGGAAUCAAUCUUCAAAUUGGAGUCAAUCAAAACAUCAAGGACAACAUGCUCCUCCUUUCCCUACACAGCUUCCUACCGGAGCUGAUCUGCCCUCUUGCACAGAAUGCAGUGAUGUUGAGUCCCACUAUCCUAGACUGGCUCUUCCUGGGACAGAAUUCAUACCACUAAAAAAUCAGGAUGGUCAGACUACUUCAAAAGUGGGUUCCCUUGCUGUUGAUACCAGUAAAACUACUGAAAAGGCAUAUGGAAAUGGAAAUAUAACACCGCGUUCUGCUUCGUUAAGCGCUAGUCAGCUUCUCCAAAGGAAACUUUUUGCCGAGACCCAGGUUGGAAAGGCCAGCUUCCAAAAGCUACUGGAACCAAGCUCAUCACAGAGACCUGGAAUUGCGCCUUAUAGAAUUGUCCUUGGCGAUGUAAAAGAAAAGCUCCUCAAGACACGGAAGCGUCUGGAGCUUCUUCUUGAAGAUCUUCCGUGUGACCAUGAUCCUUGGGAUUAUUAUGAAACAUCACAUCAGCUUUUGGAACCGCUGCUAUUGUGCUAUGACUCGCUGCAAUCAUGUGGUUCUGGGGUUCUAGCUGAUGGGAGGCUUGCUGACCUAAUCAGGCGAGUUGCUACAUUUGGGAUGGUCUUAAUGAAGCUUGAUCUUCGUCAGGAAUCUGGUAGGCACUCUGAGGCUCUUGAUGCUAUCACGAAAUACUUGGACAUGGGUACAUAUAGUGAGUGGGAUGAAGAACAAAAGCUGGACUUUCUGAUUAAAGAGCUAAAGGGAAAAAGGCCUUUGGUUCCUCCUACUAUAGAGGUUCCGCCUGAUGUGAAAGAAGUCUUGGACACGUUCAAAGUAGCAGCUGAAUUAGGAAGUGAUUCACUUGGAGCUUAUGUUAUUUCCAUGGCUUCAAAUGCCAGUGAUGUCCUAGCUGUAGAACUUUUACAGAAGGAUGCACGCCUUGCUGUUGCUGGGGAGCUAGGCAGACCUUGUCCCGGUGGAACAAUGCGGGUGGUUCCUCUGUUUGAGACCGUGAAAGACUUGAGGGAAGCUGGCUCGGUGAUUAGAAGAUUACUAUCAAUUGAUUGGUACAGGGACCACAUCAUAAAGAACCACAAUGGACAUCAGGAGGUUAUGGUUGGUUAUUCUGAUUCUGGCAAAGAUGCUGGCCGUUUCACUGCUGCAUGGGAGCUUUACAAAGCUCAAGAAGAUGUUGUAGCUGCAUGUAAUGAAUUUGGCAUUAAAGUCACUCUGUUCCAUGGGCGCGGUGGAAGCAUUGGCCGUGGUGGUGGUCCUACAUACCUUGCAAUUCAAUCCCAGCCACCCGGCUCUGUUAUGGGAACUCUUAGAUCUACGGAACAAGGAGAAAUGGUGCAGGCAAAAUUUGGAUUACCCCAAAUGGCUGUUCGGCAGCUAGAGAUAUACACUACAGCUGUUCUACUUGCUACUUUACGUCCCCCACAGCCUCCGAGGGAACAAAAAUGGCGUAAUCUGAUGGAAGACAUAUCAAAUUUGAGCUGCAAGAGUUACAGAAGCACAGUAUAUGAAAACCCCGAGUUCCUUACUUACUUCCACGAAGCGACACCUCAGGCUGAGUUGGGAUUUCUCAACAUUGGUAGCCGUCCAACAAGGAGAAAGAGUUCAGGUGGAAUCGGUCAACUCCGUGCAAUUCCAUGGAUAUUCGCAUGGACCCAAACAAGAUUUGUCCUCCCUGCAUGGCUAGGAGUUGGAGCAGGCUUGAAGGGUGUUUGUGACAAGGGACAUACAGAAGACUUGCGAGCAAUGUAUAGAGAAUGGCCCUUCUUCCAGUCAACUGUUGAUCUUAUAGAGAUGGUUUUAGGGAAAGCAGACAGUCCUAUAGCCAAGCAUUAUGAUGAUGUUCUAGUGUCUGAGUCACGUAGAGAACUCGGUGCAGAAAUGCGGAGGGAGCUCUUGACAACAGGAAACUAUGUCCUAUUGGUUACUGGUCAUGAGAAACUAUCAGCAAACAACCGUAGCUUGCGGAGGUUGAUCGAGAGCAGGCUUCCAUAUCUUAACCCAAUGAAUAUACUGCAGGUGGAGAUAUUAAAGAGGUUGAGACGUGACGAGGAUAACAAUAAGCUUAGAGACGCAUUGCUUAUUACCAUAAAUGGCAUUGCUGCCGGUAUGAGGAACACCGGCUGAAGGCCGAUAAAUUCAGCUACAUAGACCUUUAAGUAUUUGAUAAAAAAUCUUUACAGUACUUAUGCAGAAUAUAAAAAAAUCAGUGUUUAUCCUUCGAUAACCUAUCAGUAGUCUUGAUUUUCUUGACCUUCCUCUGGUGAAUUUUGUGGUUAAGCAUUUGAACGAUCAAACAGCUAAGGUCUUUUAUCGAAUGAAAUGACUUGGUGUA